UCAUUCAGGCCCGAAGUCCCCGAAUCCAUCGAAUCGCGAGAGAUCGCGCGAGGUGAGGGUGGACACCGUGGCCCCUGCAGUCAUGCUCACCAUACAAAACGACAUGUCACCGCGUAAUGGCUCGUGCGUGGCGGAAGUAAGCUCGGUGAGGAGCCUCUCGUCCGAUGAUGUCUCGGCAACGAAGGCGAAUCGAAAGAAGUCCUGCUGGGCACGUGCCACGGAUCCGGCUCAUCGUCGUGGACGUCGAAUUCAGCUGCUGCAAAUGCUGGUGCUACCAUUCAUACCGAUCCUAGCAUUGAUCGUCCAGACUGCUAACACCCUUCACGACAUCCUCAUCUAUCGGCAGGAGGUCUCUGACAUUGAAACGCAGGUAACAAUCGCCACAGACUUGGGGAAGGUUGUCACGCGGAUGCAGCUGGAAAGAUCCGAGGUUGCAUUCUUUAUUUACACCAACGGCAACACUCUAAGGUCGAACUUGACGCAGAGGUUCGCCAUAACCGAUCAGGCUCUUCAUAACAUGACUACGUGGCCCCUGGUCUCGGUACCGAGGGACGAGAGCAAGACGCAAACCUAUGACGUGGUCAGCAAAGAGGCCUUCCAAGCACGCCUCGAGGAUUUCAGACAGAAGAUAAGUUCGGAAGAGAGCAGUAUCACCGAAGUGUUGACAUGGUAUACAAGCGUGAACGCAGCGAUGUUGGACCAUCUGACUAAUCAGAUCAAAGAGACGGACAACAGCGGAGUUUGGAGGUAUUUGAUAGCUUUUAAAAAUUUGCUGAGAAGCAUCGAGAGCUUGGGUAUUGCUUCCGUGUAUGGAAUCAAUUACUUUGGGCGUGGAAUCCUUGUGGGGGACAAUUACGUCAGCUACGUUCGCCAUGAAGCUCUUGGACGUGAUCUCCUCAGCGGAUCUCUCACUUAUGUGCCUUCUCUCAAACAUUUUUACGCCGAACUCACCCGCACCAUGCCAGACUAUGGAAGAAUUAAAUCCAGACGAGAUGAAAUCCUCCAGAAUCAGAAGAGAGAACCGAGCGUCGACGAUGCGAUCGCUUAUUUCGAUUCAAUGGCAACUUACGUGGAUGAGCUCCGUAAACUUCAACGAGAAUUACGUCACAUGAUUAGGGAUUAUGUGAAUUCUACUUUACAAGAUGCAAGUAACAAAGAAGUUGCCGGAAUAGCUAUAGUUGUACUAGUUUUGGUUGUUUCUCCUAUCAUUAUAAUACUAGUACGUAACGCAGUAGCAACGAUUCAAAUGUAUGCAGCUAAUUUGGCACAGAAGGCACGAGAAUUGAAACAAGAGAAGGGGAAAAGCGAUACGUUGCUUUUCCAAAUGUUGCCUCCCAGCGUUGCUCAACAACUGAAACAAACACAGCAGGUUCCAGCAGAAUAUUACGAAGCAGUAACCGUGUAUUUUAGCGACAUCGUUGGAUUCACAGAAAUUGCUGCGGAGAAUACUCCCCUAGAAGUAGUUACUUUUCUAAAUUCAAUCUAUAAAUUGUUCGAUGGGCGUAUUGAAUGUUACGAUGUAUAUAAAGUUGAAACAAUUGGCGAUUCAUACAUGGUUGCUUCUGGCUUGCCUGUUAGAAAUGGAAAUAAACAUGUAUCCGAAAUAGCGACAAUGGCCCUCGAUCUUUUAGCAGCAUCGUCGGUAUUUCAAGUACCAAAGCGACCCGGAGAACGUCUACAAAUACGAAGCGGUGCCCAUACAGGACCUGUAGUUGCUGGAAUUGUAGGAAGCAAAAUGCCUCGUUAUUGCCUAUUUGGGGAUACUGUAAAUACGGCCAGCCGUAUGGAAUCAACUGGAGAAGCUCUACGAAUACAUAUUAGUCUAGAAAUGAAGAAAGCUUUGGAUGCUGUGGGAGGUUUCAAAAUCGUACAUCGUGGUUUGGUAGAUGUCAAGGGAAAGGGACUAAUGGACACCUACUGGCUGGAAUGUAAAGACGGUGGCAUCGGUCGUGCAGCAGAAAUAAGUCUGCCCCCGUUCUUCGAAGAUGUCCGACCAGUUUUCAUACGCCGAUUACGGGAGGAAGGUCGUAAGAACCGACUGUCUCAUCCAAAUCUCCACAUUACUCCGGUUAAACCACCUCCACAAUCGCAGUCUAGUAUCGAAUCUCAAGACUCUGCGACAUACGAAGGAACUCAAUCAACGACGCCCUGUCCACCAAGUUAUUCUCCAGCUAGUCAACGCAGCCGUUACUCCCAACCGAAUCUACCUACUCUUCUGAUAUCCCACGACAGAAGAUCCGGAGGUUCGACAGAUCGUCGUAUACGAAUGUCUCAGCCUACGUUAAACUCCAGUUUUAGCGGUAUUAAUUUUGCCGGAAUGAAUCGCAGCUCUAGACUGUCUUACACGAGUCUCAGAGCAGCUUCUGGAGAUAACAGUAUCAACGAGGAAGAAAGAUUAUCAGCGCGGAGUGUACAAGGUUUUGGUGGAAGCUCGAGAGGAAGCUUAACGAUGGACCCAGGUUCUUCGAGGCUGUCUCAGCCAGACGUAACGCGAUUUAUCUUACGCCAAGACGUACCGGCGAAACGUGAACGCCUCUCUCAGUCAACUCUAGUUAUUGGUGAUUAUCAUCCUGGCCGUGGUCAACAGAGAUUAUCUCAACCUUGCCUAAGCACAGGGAAAGACCUCAAUUUACCCACGAUGGUAUUUCAUUCUCCUUCUCCACCGCCUGUCAAACACAAAAGAUUCUCCCCUGCCAUACACGCUAGCCAGAGAGACCGUCUGUCGCAGUUGGAUAUUGGUGCUAAAUACAGAAACUUCAAAGAAUCCGCUGUGACGAAAUUUAAUCGAGAUAGGUUUUCAAUACCGGAACUAGAAACGCAGAACGAUCUUAGAUUAAUAGCUGGCACGCCUAAGCAAAGAUUUAGUUUAGACAGUCAGUUGACUCGUAAUCAGGAUGUAACUCGGUCCAGAUUAUUGCCAAUUGCUAGUUCACCUAUCAGUGAACACCAACAAACUAAAAUUGACGAACAAACGGGAAUUCCUGGAGGUAAACUUAAAAGUCCCACUAGAGAAGGCCUUGGAAGUGUGCUUGUGGCAAGCACAACUCCAAUACUACCACCAAGUGAAAGACAAUUGCUGACAACCGAGUUAAGUAAAAUAGCAACUGCAUUUAACUCGACAGCGUUAAUUACGACACAACAAAAGAGCCAGACAACACUUAGGACAAGUAAACUGCAUAGAUCAGUUUCACCAAUUCCUACCAGGGAAAGAAUGUCAGUACCUGAAAUAAGAAAUUCGAGUUUACGCCGACUGCUUGAUCCACCGACGAGGCAAAGACAUAGUAUCACUGGCAAUCUUAGACAGAGCAUAAUUUCACCCAUUAAACCUCUUGACUUUGGCAAAAAGUCACCGAAACAUUUGUUCGAAGAGGCUCUGGAAAGAUUUCGAAAAGACGAGAAAGAAGAAAAUCGAAAGAAUGAAAUUUCACAUUCGGAAACUCUUGUGGAUAUAAUUGAUGAACCUAAACAUAUUCAAAAGCAUUACUCAUAUACAUACGAAAGUACGGACGAUAGUUCCUCGAUACUUGGAAAAAUAAACAUGUCCGCGAUACCAAAGAAAAAGUAUUUAGAAAGUAAUUUCGAUGAAAAUGAACAAGUGAUCACUACAGUGAUCGAAACCGACGUACCAAUGAUAAUGGCUAAUCCGAAAUACGUAAAGAAAUCAUCCUAUUCGAGCGAGACCCCAAAAUGGAUUAGGAAAUAUUUAGAAAACGAGAGUCCGAAAGUAGGAAGGAAGACGAUGAGCAACAAAGAGAAAACUAAUAGAAGAAAUAGUCGAAGGAAAAAUUCUUUGGAAUCGGUGGAAGGCGAGAAAAUUACAGAUAAAGUUCGUUCAAAGUCAGUAAGUAGCGGUGAAAGAAGUCCGAUGUUAAAAAACACCGGAAUACAGUCUGAAUUGAAGAAUAUAAAAAAUACGUAUGUAAGAAUUGUCCCUUCAAAUAAAAGUCAAGAAAACAGGUACGAGGUAAAGAUAGAAAAUAAUUGGAUGGAUGGAAAUAUUCAUGAAUUGUAUGUCGAUGAAUGUGACAAUACGGAUUCCGAUGAUUCCACGUCCAUUUAAAUGAAACUAACGAUACUAAUGAUAAUGAUCGAACAAAUAAAACAAGAAAAAUUUGUGCAACUAAUCUAUAAUGGUAUUUAUAAAUUGAUGCAGUGAGAGAUUAAAAAAAUUUCGUAUUCUGUACUUAAACCAUUCAAACAUUACGAAUUUUAUAAAAAUUGAUAUUUUCACUAGUUAAUGAUUAAAGACCAUGUAAUAGGAAACAGUUUAAUUAGCCUAAAGCACAUUUUGAGAAUGAAAUAACGAAAACUGACAUGCCCGAUCCCAAGUAUUUUCUCAUAUUACUGUGUAUAUUGUGAAUUAAUAAUUGUAAUCAACAGAGAUUC